GAAACAUUGCAUCAUAGGCGAAUGUCCCGGAUAAAGGGAACGAGGCUGUUUUGUUGGAGGAAGAAAAACUUGGAUGCUUCAUGAUGAUGAUCUGCCGCUGCGUUUAGGUCAUAAGCAGCUCUGCAGAACGCAGAGAAAAAGACGCACGCCGCCGGUCCCAGAGAGAGGAGGUGACGCCGAGGACAAAACAUGCCGGUCCCUCCUCCUCCGCCUCCCCCACCCCCCACCUUCUCUCAGGCGAACACAGAAAAGCCUGCGUUGAAUAGGUCAGAGCAACAGGGCAGGAAUGCUCUACUGUCAGACAUCGGCAAAGGAGCAAGGCUAAAGAAGACUGUGACAAAUGACCGUAGUGCUCCCGUACUUGACAAACCCAAAGUUGGUGGAGGUGGAGGAGGAGGCGGACCUGGAGGUGGUGGUAGUGGAGGCGGAGGAGGGUUUGGAGGUGGAGCCCCAGCUGGUCUGGGAGGGCUCUUCCAGGGAGGAAUGCCAAGGCUGCGCUCCACUCGAGAUGAUUCUGGCAGCGUCAGGCCACCGGUUCUGCCACCUGGUGGUCGUAGCUCUGGUCCACGGCCAUUUGGAGGAUCCGUCUCUGCCCCUCGUUUCCCCACGCAACGCAGUGAAUCUUUAGACCCCCCACGCCCACGUAUGACGCCACCACGGCCAGAAACACCUGGAGGGCCUCCUCCCCCUCUUCCUAGUGCCCCACGGCCAUUUCAGAGUGGCCCACAGAGCAGGGGACCGCCCUCGCUUCCAACAGCCCUCCGCCCUGGUUCCACACCAACCCCCCCACCUCCAAACCCUCCUGGACGACAGCCCGCCCCUCCACCCGUACCAGGUGGCUUUUGUCGCUCUCCCACCGUUCCUUCACUCCCCGUGGGCCAUGCGGGACGACCACCUCCACCGCCUGCCCCUGGUCGCGGCGAUGACCGUCCUCCACCUCUUCCUCCUGGAAAUCGUUCUUUGCCUCUCACACGGGACAGCCCACCUCCUCCGCCUCCUCCAUCAGUGAGUAGUAAACCAACUCCUCCUCCAGCUCCUUCUCCUGCCUCAUUCAGGGCACCAGUAAGCGCGGCACCUCCAUUGCCACCUGGACGCCCAAGCCCAUCUAUUCUCGAUGAGCAUACGCCACGCCUUCCCGAGCGAAACCUGUCACUUGCCUCACAUCCCCCCGCCCCACCACCCGGGCGAUCCGGGCCCCUUCCUCCACCUCCUUCUGAGAGGCCACCUGCGUUGGGCAGGAGUUCAGGAGGACGAACAGGUCCACUUCCACCCCCACCUCCUUCUGGACGUCCAGGAGGAGGAAGUAUGAGGUCAUCACCAGCCCCACCCCCACCAAACAGACCAGGUAUGGAGCCCCGUGGUGUCAGCAGACCACCCCUACCACCAGACAGACCAAGCUCUGGACCACUACCCCCACCUCCGCCACCCAUGGGCAAUGGUUACCACAAUCAGGGUCAUCAAAUAGAUGAAUGGGAAUCUCGCUUCACGUUCCGACCCGUCUCGGACCUUCCUCCCCCCGAACCCUACAUCCCCUGUCAGAAGACGUAUCCUAGCAAAAUCGCCAAAAACGAAAACCGAGGUUCAGGAAAGAAAGAAAGAGGAGCACCCCCCCUGCCCCCUAUUCCUAGGUGAAAGCGGAAAGCAGUUUACUCAGGGAUUGACGAUUCUUCCCUUCUCCGAUUAUAUAGUUUUCUCUGGUACCGUCUGUAUUCAUAUUUUUCUGCCAGAGGAGCUGAAGUAUAAAUGAAGUAUGAAAAAAAUAACAGCAAAUGGCAUUUUAUAGUGAAUGACUUUGCUAUUGUAAUACUCCCCUGAUGUUUUCGACAACGUUUUGUGUUUGUGUGCUGGAGAGAUGAAGAAAAACAUUGUUUUCUAUGUUGACUGUGUCAAAUGGUUUGAUUUAAAGAGAAGCUACAGCUAAAUUUAGCCUUAUUUGUAAGUUUUCAUGUCCGUGAGGAAACAUAAUGGAUUCAGCUGUUUGUAUGUCUUUUUGCAACUUUGGGAUUUUCUGACUGAAGAUGCAAAUACUUACAGAGUGUAAAUGUUUGUGAAAGUCUUUGUUAUAGUUAUAAUUUGAUUUUAAAGUGCCGUCAUUAAACAAAUUAUCUGUUAAUGGGUGCCUGCCAGCCAUUGAAUGCCUGAGAUUUUUGGCGCCUCCUACAGUCCAGUAGUCAUAUAACACAAACAUUAAUAAGGCAUUGCUCUAGCCUAGCACACUUGAGAUAAAGUGUCACUUGAAUUUUGACUAUGUUAGACAAAAACAGUUAUGAAAGGACCCUAACAAAUUUAAGGAGAUAGUGUGUUUGCUUCAGUCAAGUCUGGUUUGUUUGUGUAUGUGGCGAUGAAGGCCAAAAGCUGUGUUUUUAGCACUCUAUGUUGAUUCUGUAACCGUCUGGAUGAUGACAUCACCAGAUUUGUUGACCUAUGCAAUCACCAAUGUGAAGCCAAUGAGAACACAGUUAAGGGAAAAUGAAGAUGUCCUGCAUUUAAAGGGAUCGUUCACCCAAAAAACUCACCUUUGUCAUUCACUGACCCCUAUUGUAUGGACACAAAAAUCUCCAUAAGAUUUUUCUCAAAAUAUAUGUUUAAUAUAUAGAUUUUGAAUGACAUGAGAGUGUAUAAAUAUUGACAAUUUUUAUUUUCGGGUGAACUGUCCCUUUAAGGCUUUUAAAGUCAACUCAUUCCAACAGGUUUGUAGGUGGAUGCAUACUCAACGGUGUCUGUAUUAUAUUAUGAGAUUGUAUCUGUGUUGAUAAUUUCGGAAACAAGCCAAAAUAUGUUUAAAACCUAUUUUAUGAUGUAUGUAUGCACUUGUUUUUGUUUACGUCAGUAUUGCUCAGUAUAUAGUGUAUAUCAGAAAGUGUACUGUUAUAUUUGCUUAAAGCACCUGACUGAAUGUGUAAACAUGUAAGUGGGAGAUUGUGUUAAAUUCAGCACAGCUUUUCUACAUUAAAUUUGUUUUAUGCAUUUAUAUACUUUUUGAAAAAAGCAAGUAGACUUUUGUGUUGCCUUUUGUUUGUUUACAUUUAAAGAAUGCAUUGGCAAGGGUAAUCAAAAGUAAAAAUAAAAGUGGGUGAAGAUGGAAAUUUUCAUUUAAAAGAAUGAUAUAAAAAUUGCAUUAUUUUUUGCUUAACCAAAACGAUACAUGAUUUGACACCAAUAUAAUUUAGACUUUUGAUUUAUUAUGUUGUUUGCACACCUGUCACCGUGUGACCACAUGCUUAAUGCGGUACUAUUUGCAUAUUGUGUUGUUCAAAUUAUGUAUUUUUGUUCAUUACAGCAUUCUGCUACUCUGUUGUGUGCCAAAUAUGUUAUUUGAUUGUUUUUUUUUUUUUUUUUUUAAUAAAUAUCUAAAUAAAUAAA